AUGCCUUCCGCCGCUUUCCAAAAGGCCGCCGACGAGAGUCGUCAGCUCAAGGCCAAGCCCAGCAACGACGAGUUAUUGGAGCUCUACGCACUCUUCAAAGUCGCAAAUGGCGAGGACAUCUCCAAGGCACCAGCUCCAGGAAUGUUUGACCUGAAGGGCAAAGCGAAACACAAGGCCUGGCAGAAGGAGGUUGAUGCCGGCACCACCGCCGCGCAGGCAGAGGACCGCUAUAUCAAGCUCGUCGAGAGUCUCAAGACGAAGUACGGCUUCGAUCCGAGUAAAGCGCCCGAGACGGUUGGUGGGAACUAG